AUGUAUUCCUUGUUUAAUACAAGUGUUCAUCUGCGUUAUGUAUUGUGUACUGAAAUGCUACAGUCUGAUAGUUCUUUAACCUGUAUUCGAACACUAAUCUAUCAUUCACCCUUUGCUAAGAACGCUGCACAUGUGCUAUUGGCUAAUGUAUGCAGGUAUUAUCAAUGA